AUGAAGAACCAACAGAGCAAAUCCCAAAAGGCCAUGUUUGGCUCAUUCACAAAUCUCUUCAAUGCAGAGUUUCAAAUUCUCCAUCUCCUUUCUCUUUUUCUCUUCUUUGGGUGCGGCGUCAUUUUUGGAAUCAUUCUUGGUUUUUCUCUUAAAGACUUUUCUUUUAAUCUUAAAAUCACACAACUCUCUCAGCCUCCUUCUUCUUCUUCUUCUCCUUCUCCAUCUUUGCCGCCUGGUUUUAGUCGCGUGUGGCUGAGAGAGUACUUAAAGGUUCCGAAUAUAAAGCAUGACAUGGAAGAAGAGGAGCUUUUAUGGAGAGCUUCACUGAGUCCAAAGAUUCACGAGUAUCCAUUUGAGAGAGUUCCCAGGGUUGCAUUUUUGUUCUUGGUGAAAGGUCCUGUGUUAUUGGCUCCGUUAUGGGAAAAAUUCUUCGAAGGGUAUGAAGAUCUGUAUUCAAUUUACGUGCAUUCAAGUCCAUCUUUCAAUGAAGCACAAGGAGAGCCUCCAGGUUCCGUGUUUUACGGCAGAAGAAUUCCCCGCAAGGAAGUUCAAUGGGGAGACGUGAACAUGAUUGAAGCUGAGCGUCGCCUCUUAGCCAAUGCACUUUUGGAUUUCUCAAAUAAGCGUUUUGUUCUCCUCUCAGAAUCCUGUAUUCCACUCUUCAACUUCACCACCAUAUACUCUUACCUCAUGAACUCGGCUCAAAACUUCGUGGAGGUCAAGGACGUUGAAGGUUCAGUUGGCCGUGGCCGAUACAUUCGUAAAAUGGGUUCAAAAAUCACCCUCAAUCAAUGGAGAAAAGGCUCACAAUGGUUCCAGACUGACAGGGAACUUGCCUUUGAAAUGGUCUCGGACAAAACUUACUUUCCACUGUUUCAGAAGUAUUGUAAGGGAAGAUGCUAUUCGGAUGAACAUUACUUGCCAACAUUUGUGCACAUUAAAUUUCCGGAGAAGAGUGCCAACAGGACGUUAACUUGGGUUGACUGGUCUUAUGGCGGCGCUCACCCUAGAAAAUUUAUCAGAACGGGCGUCACAGUUGAGCUUCUGCGGGAUUUGAGAGGUGGAUACACUUGUCAAUACAAUGGAAAUUCAACCAACGUUUGUUACUUGUUUGCAAGAAAGUUCAUGCCUAACACUGUGGACAGACUGUUGAGAUAUGCAGCAAAAGAAUUGCACAUCAGAUAACACUGAAUAAAGUUUUC